UUUAACGUAUAACACUAAAAGAAUGCUAAGUCGCAAGCGUCGCGCCAGCUCUAUAUCGAGCCGGCAAGACGAGGAUCCGCUGUUACUCGACGACUCAACACCCGAACAGUCGCCGGUGCAGCAGACGACACAAUCGGCGCGAAAAAAGAGACGCUUGGACCCUGCAGAAUUAUGUCAACAGCUGUACGACUCGAUAAGGAACAUCAAGAAAGACGAUGGGUCCAUGCUAUGCGAUACGUUUAUAAGAGCGCCAAAGCGCCGGCAGGAACCGAGCUACUAUGACGUGGUUGUCAAUCCCAUAGACUUGCUUAAGGUGCAGCAGAAACUAAAAACAGACUCCUAUGACGAUUUGUAUGACAUGAUGAACGACCUGGAACUGCUAAUAAGCAACGCCAAGGCUUUCUACAAGCCAGACUCAGCGGAAUACAGGGAUGCAUUGACAUUCUGGCAACAUAUACAGGCGCAGCGUCACCGCAUAAUGGAAGCCAAUGGCUUUGCAGAGGAGGAGCCACGUGCUAAGCGUGCACCGCGCAAUACACGCCGGUUGACAACCAGCACAGAGCCAGGUGCUGGAGAUCUUGACGAUGAUUGCAAUCAGUAUGAAGAGUUAUUUGCAGCGGUCAUGACAGCAACAGAUCCAAUGGGCGAUAGGUCCAUGCAUCGCAUGUUCCAACUGCUGCCGUCCAAGAAAAUAUAUCCGGACUAUUACGAUGUUAUAGAGCAUCCCAUUGACCUGCGUCUGAUUGCCACUAAAAUACAAAUGAAUGCAUACUCCUCGUUGGUGGAAAUGGAACGCGACUUGUUGCAGAUGACAAAGAACGCGUGUUUGUUUAAUGAGCCGGGCUCGCAGAUCUAUAAAGAUGCCAAAUCGCUGAAGCGUGUUUUUACGCAGCGACGCAUUGAGCUGGAGACAGGCAAAGGCAAGCCGGCUAGACGCAUCAAGAGCUUGUCCAGUGCGGCUAUAGCAGCUCUCAAAGAGGAAGUCGACAGCUCUGACGAUGAGGACACCAGCAAAGAAGGCGAGGGACCCAUGUGGGCGCUAUUCGAUCGGCUAUACAAUGCGCCUGGACAUUCAGACCAUCCAGGUGUAACUGGCCCUCCACUAGGCAACUCUCUAUGGAAGCUGCCUGUGCGACGUUUUCAUCCAGAGUACUUUGAGCUCAUUAAGCGUCCCAUUUCCAUGAGUCAAAUACACAAAAAAUUAAAGAAAGGCGAAUAUGCUAAUAUAAGUGACUUCACUGCUGACCUCUACCUAAUGCUGGACAAUGCCAAGAAAGCUUUUCCGGCCACGCAUCGCACGCACAAGGAUGCAAUAAAAAUGCUAAAGCUUAUGAAUGCCAAGCUGGUUGAGGAAUCAUUUGAAGAAACAAGCGAAGUAGAGGAUGAUGAUGAUGAAACUUUUACGACCAGCACACAACCGGAACGUCGCAAGCCAGGCAGGCCGCGUGUGAACUCCAAUACAAGCGCAGCACAUACAACGCCCAACAAUUCAAAUUCACCCAAGUCCAGCCGCAUUCCCAUCAAUGCGGUUAUUAAGAAGAAAAUACUCACCAUACAAAAGUAUUUGGUAGAUUAUACUGUAAGCAAUCGUCGUCUAAUUGAAAUGUUUAUGGAGAAGCCACCGCGCAAAGUCUAUCCGGACUACUAUGAGAUCAUACAAAACCCCAUAGACAUGAAUACCAUAGAGCAUAAUAUACGCGCGGAUCGCUAUGCCACAGUCGAGGAUGUGGUGGCCGAUUAUCGUCUGAUGUUUAACAAUUGCCGGCAGUACAAUGAGGAGGGUUCCUAUAUCUAUGAGGAUGCAAACACGCUGGAGCGCGCUUUGAAUGAAAAGUUAAAGGAAUUCCCAGGACUGGUGGAAGUCAAGCGUCCACAGCAAAAGUACAAUAGGCUGGGACGCAAAUCCAAAGUGGCGGAUCGCGAGCGUCUUUGGCAGUUUUAUGAAACGCUGCGCGACUAUCAAGAGCCCAAGGGCAAGCGUCAGUUGUCCUUAAUAUUUACAAAGCUGCCCAGCAAGAGCGACUAUCCGGAGUACUAUGACAUUAUCAAGCAGCCCAUGGAUAUGGAGCGCAUUUCGCAAAAGCUUAAGCAAGGCGCCUAUGAUAGCGUGGAUGAGCUGGCGGCAGAUGUACUGCUCAUGCUGGAAAACGCUUGCAAAUACAAUGAGCCCGACUCGCAGAUCUACAAGGACGCAUUGGUGUUGCAACAGCUUACGUUGCAGCUAAAGCAGCAGCUGCGCACUGAACGCGAUGCUUUGCCAGAUGUGCCGUUGGCUGUGCAGGAGUUGUUCGUUAGUAUAUUUACCUCGCUUUACAAUCAUCAGGAUGAGGAAGGUCGCUGUUACUCAGACUCUUUGGCUGAGCUGCCGGAAUACGACGAGUUAAGCAAGGACGAUGGCAGCAAAGUGCGCGGCAUUUCGCUAGACUUGGUCAAGCGUAGAUUGGACAAAGGCGCCUACAAGCGCUUGGAUGUAUUCCAAGAGGACAUCUUCGCCUGCAUGCAGCGGGCGCGCAAAUUAUCGCGCACGGACUCUGACAUUUUCCAAGAUGCCAUCGAGCUGCAAACAUAUUUCAUACGCAAGCGUGACGAGCUCUGCAAGGAUACGCUCAGCUCACCAGCGCUUAACUUCAGUCUGGAGCAACUGCUGGUGGAAGUGGAGCUCAUGCGCACGCAGAAAGCAGCGCAGGAGGUGCAGGAGCAAGAGCAGGAAAAGGAAAAGCACGAGUUUCAGGGCGAGAGCAUGACCAUCAACCAACAGGUCUACUCUCCAGGCGAUUAUGUCUAUGUGCAGAUCCCGGAUAACAAAAUACCCAGCAUAGCCUGCAUUGAGCGUCUCUGGACAACGCCGGGCAAUGAAAAGUUAAUGCAGGCGGGUAUCUUUCUACGUCCACAUGAGACGUACCAUGUGACCACACGCAAGUUUUUGGAAAAGGAAGUCUUCAAGAGCAGCAUUUCGCAAACCAUUUCGAUGGACAAGGUGCUGGGUAUGUGCCAUGUCAUGCCCAUAAGAGAUUACAUCAAGCUGCGGCCGGAGGGCUUGCCGGAGAAGGAUGUGUUUGUCUGCGAAUCGCGCUACAACCUGCCAGGACGCUGUUUCAAGAAACUCAAAAGCUGGUCCAGCAACAAUAGUUCCAUAAAGUAUGUGCCGCGUGAAUCUCCACUGGAGCUGAAGCGCGUUAUGUCGGUGUUCAAGGAGCGCAUAGAGAAGCACAAGGGUGAGCUGGAGGAGCUCAAACUGCAGGAGGCAAUGGUUGAAAAGGAGAAGCCUAAUGUUAGCUGCGAUGCGCCACCGCAGGCAGAUGAUAAUAGCGUCUAUUAUCAGCAGUAUAAUACGAUCUGCAGUGGGGUCAUCAAGACGGGUGACUUUGUCUACGUUGCCACGCAAACUGGCAAACAAUCUGUGGCGCAGGUGCAGCAAAUAUGGGAGCUCAAUGGCAAGUCCUACUUCAAGGGUCCGUGGCUGUUGUCGCCCAGCGAGACUACGCCCACGAUAAGCAAACAAUUCUAUCGCCAGGAGCUGCUGCUCAGCCCCGUCGAGGAGGUCAGUCCAGUCAUUGGCAUUGUGGGUCGCUGCGCUGUGCUGGAGUAUGCCGAGUUUAUAAGCUCGCGGCCCACUGAGAUAGCUGAGAGUGAUGUCUACAUAUGUGAGUCAGUCUAUGAUGAAGUCAAGAAGGCGCUACGUAAUCUGGUCGUAGGCAAUCUACGCAAGUUCCAGCACAGUGCUGAGGUUACGGAGGAUGAAGUUUUCUACUUCAAAACGCCCAUCAAACCUGCCAAAGAUGUAAAGAGCGAGAUCAACGAACUCGCCAUGCUGGAGGAUUCCAUGGAUGGUGAUACACCUUCGCUUAGCUCGGACAUAGUUACAAUUUCAUCACCAGCGCCUUCUGUUAACUCAACGCCACUUACCUCCAAGUCCAAAGUCAAGGCAAACAAGAAAAGCCUCACGGGCUACAUACUCUACUCCAGCGAUGUGCGCAAGGGCAUAAGUCAGAGUAAUCCGGAAGCAUCGUUUGGCGACAUCUCCCGCCUGGUAGGCAAUGAAUGGAAGAAUCUGCCUGCUAGUGUUAAACAAAGCUGGGAGGAUCGUGCCAAUAAGCUAAACGAAGAAGCCGCCGCUAUGCGACGUGAGCUGGAUGAGACUCAGCAGUGCGGCAGUCCAAUGCCUCAAACGCUUGUUGCCACCAGCAUACCGGACCAGCCCACUGGUCCUGCGCUCACCUAUGAAUGUCUUUGGGACAAGUGCGACUUUCAAUUUGAGGAAAUGGCCGAUUGUACGGAGCAUUGUCUGGCGGAUGCUACGGGGCAUAUACAGCGUCAUCCUCAAGCUGGCGUCGAUGUCGAGUAUGUUUGCUUGUGGCGCAAUUGUCCGCGCAUACGCAAAUCCACGCAAGCUUUUCCCAAUGUGCUGCGUCUCAUCAAGCAUGUGCGCGAAGUGCACUUGAGCAAGUGCGGCAAACCGCUGACUCUGAUGGAUCGCAGCAAGAACUUUGUGUCGCGCAAGCAGAAGCUGGCGGCACAGCAUGGCGGCGUCACAGUGCCGCUGCCCGUAACCAAUGCACUCUCGCCACGUGGCUCCAUCACGGCUAAUGCAUUGGAGCAGCAGCAUGUGCAGCUGCAACAGCAGCAUCAUACACUGCAGACGCUCAUUGCUGGUCCGCCAGCUGAGCCAAUGUUUGUAAGUGUGCCGCCACGUGCUAAUCGCGUCAUCCAUUCGGAGGCCUACAUCAAGUACAUUGAAAGCCUGCAAACGGGCGCCCAUCUCAAUGUGGCCAACUGCAAUCACAACUGGCGUCGUCAAAUCACGCAUGUGACGCCUGCCCAGGUUAGCAAGCCUCAAUUGCCGGAGCACUGGCUGGGACCCAAUGUGCGCGAUCGUGAGAAUGUGGUCCAGGCUCUCUGCCACCUGCGCAACUUUAUGCUGGACGAUGUGCUGCACAUACAGCGCAGCUGCAACUAGACAACUAGUUAACUAAACUAAGCUUAAGCACAAAACGUAUUUGUUUACUGUUCUAUGUCAUAAUAAAAGUCAAUAAUA